CAUUUCACAUUUCUUUCGGUUGCUUGCUAUGCUUGGUUUGCUUAGAAAGAAAUUGGUUAAUGGUUUCCGUAUUCAUUUCGUAUAAUACGAAGUGAUUUAGUGUAAAACAAGGAGUGCUAACAUCCCUGAAGCUUCCAUCAUGAGUAAUCGGGAAAUUCAGGGUUCGACGAGGGUGACUAGAAAGGGACUCAAGACCCUGCAGCACACAGCUUCUGACCGAGAAAACUUAGUCGGCAGGCCGUCUAAAACUCUGAAGCAUCAACUGAGUCAGGAUUCGCCAGUUGAUGUUGAGGUCAAGCGCAAGAAUUUGUCAACUAAGGAGACUCAAGCCAACUUUGACACUAAGAUAUCAGUGGAUGAUCUCACCAAUCCUGAAGGCGCAUCGGAGAAGUAUUGGCAAAUCCUAGCGGAAAAGCGCCAAGUUGCUUUACAAGAUGCCUUGGAUGAGAAUGAAAAGCUCCGCCAACUGAUAGAGGAACUUAAAGAAAAGAAUGCAGAAUACAAGCAGAUGUUGGAGGAGGCCAACAGUUUCAUUGAAGUCAUUAAGGACGAGCUGAACACUGGCAGCAACGACGACACAGGCAUCGACGUGAACGACGUCAGCACGGCCGACGAGACCUCGGAAGAUCCUGAACCUUCCCCUAAAACUCCCAAAAAGAAGUAACUUGGUAAUACUUAAAUAUGUUCACUUUUAAUGGCUUAAAGCUUUUGUGAAUAGGUAAUUUGUUAAGUAUAAAAUGGACUAACUAUCAACAGGUUAAAUGUAUUUCAAAAAAAUAUAGAUGACUACUUAAACGUUGACACUUGAUUUAGACGCGUAAAACAAUAUUAACAGUCCACUGAACACUGUCUUUGAUCGUAAUAAUAUAAGAUUCAUAUACUAACCAUGUCUUGUCACACGAAAAAUUGAUUGAUUGAGUUUUUUGGUGUCAUUCAUACUUAUUAGGCGGAUCCACACAGAGCGAGCACGCGCGAGGCAAUUUCCUCGCGCACAAAACGGAAAGUGUAGACGUGCCUCGGCCGAAUCGGCGCGGUAGGUUUUGUGCGCGAGGAAAUUGCCUCGCGCGUAUGCUCGCUUUGUGUGGAUCCGCUUAAUAGCUCAUAAUUUUAAUACCAGCUAUGAGUGUCUAAAGUCGUUAGCGGUGACAUCCAGCGCCAAUGAGUGUUGAUUUAUAUUGUCAAAGUAACCUUCAUGCUUUCCAGUAUUAUAUUGGCUCCCUUGCGCCCAUAAUUACGGCAUGUGAUAGGUUUUUUAUAUGACAUUUGGUGGUUUAAUAGUUAAGAAUAUGUGGCGUUCCAUGCUUAUACUCCAUGUGCAUGGAAAGACAUGUAUUGAGUUUUAAUUUCCACCGUGUAAUUAAUAAUCUGAUUGAUAGUUAGUCUCUUUGGGAGAAUCAACUUUAAGCGUCACUCGUUGCCAUGGUUACGAUUAGUUGUCCAGGGGACAAAAGUUCAUUGAAAUACUGAUUUUAUGGUACUUAAAUGUAUUAAACUUGCGUUUUUGUGGUCGUUAUAACCAAUGUCCAUAAUGGGCCCCCUACUAAGCAUGUUAAUAGAACGGCAUACAACGUCUCUUCAAACAAACUGUGCCACUGUUGUCCCUUGGACAACGGGACAGGAUAACAAAACAAAAAAAGUUGAUUCACCCCUUUAUAGUAUAAGUAUAGCACCAAAUAACUACUUACAAAAUCAUAUUUACAUUCAAUCUCAUUUAUGUAUCAGUCUCUAUGGCACUUAAUUCUGUUUCUUUCAUUAUUAUGUAUAGAUAGUUAAUAAGUACAAAAGAUUAUUAUUAAAACCGCUGCCAACUUGA